CUAAUAAUUCUAGAUUUCAUUAAGUUCUGCUUCUCUCUCUCUCUCCGUCUCUCAACUAGCUCCAAUACUCCGAAAAACAAUUUAAUUAUUCGUCAUGCUUCCAUAUAUUUUAUAUUCCCACACGAAGUAUCAAUCAAGUAGUUGUAGUAGUAACAAGCUGAGCUGAGAAGAAAAAUAAAACUAUUGAAAAAAAAAACUUUUAAACAUUUAACAGAGAAGAAGUGGUCGCGGUUCGGUUCGGUACGGUUUUAGUGUCUCGUUGCUUCACUGUCGUUUAAUUUAUUUAUAUUUGUUCUCUUUUAUUCUGCCAAUAAUAUUCGAUGAUAUUCUUAAAAAAAAAUAAAAAUAAAUCCAAAACUUUUUUUCGUCUGGUGACAAUUGGAAGUGAAUAUUUGGAGUGACUAAUUAGUGACACUGAAGUUAAUUAUAAAACAGAAAAUUAUCAUUUUUAAUACCACUGUAUUUACACAGUUGUAUCAGGGCAAUUGGAAGCUUCAAUACACAAAACUAUAAUACUAAAUACAAGCUAUAAAUCUAUUAAACAUAUUCACAUCUAAUCUCACGGUAACGAAGGCAAUAUUUGUAACAACAAGCACUUCUAUAUUGCAAUAGUCCAUGAAUUACAAAAGGCAGUAAAUUAUUCACAUUAAUGACGGUUUAAUAAGUAAAUUAGAUACACGCAAAAAUAAGUUUGAAAAAAAUUUCAAGUCACAAAAAAAUGUGUACAUAAUGUCGUCCGUAUGAUGACCUCAACAGAGAACGUAAACAACAAGAUACAGCAAUGUCAAAGCAUUCAAUAAAGUCGAUAGACUCGACAAGUGUUGCUAGUGAAAGUCGUAGUGGAUCAAGUAGAAAUUCGGUAAUUGUUUAUCUCGACGAAAAUGGAAAUCAGUGCAAAGAACCUCGUGUACGUAAAGUCGUGGGCCAUCAUGCACGACACGUUACGGUUAUUAAUUAUUCACGACGUCACCGAGAAUCGCAUACACGAGUGCAACAUCAUGUCACUACAGUCAGUUUUCCACAACCGCGAAUGGAUCGUUCAUUGACAAACGCAUAUUCUUACUCACCAUAUUCGAUGAGCUAUCAAGGUAGUGAUGUACAAAGCUACCAAAGCGGUAGUACGCCAAGCUAUAUGCAAGCAGCUUACUCACCGCAAUUUCACAAUAUGCCAUCGCCAAAUUUUAUUGUGACAUCGCCUCACAAUUUCGCUCAUGCGACAAAAUCUAAUUCAAUUAGAUAUGGAUCGAAUAGUGAAUUGAAUAAGAGAACAUCAUCACGUAAUCAGAGUCAUGGCUAUGAGCUAUCGCAAGAUUUAAUGGAUAAGCAAAUUGAGUUGCUGGAAAGAAAGUAUGGGGGAAAGAUUAGAGCACAACGUGCUGCGCUGGUCAUUCAACGUGCAUAUCGUCGCUAUAUGCUGAACAAAAAAUUUGCAUCAAUUCGUGCAACAGCAAAUGUGAAAACAGAAAAACGUUCAUCGAUUGCAAGUAGUAGCAAUAAUAAUAACAAUAAUAAUAUGAUGAUGAAUCAACGACUCUCCCAAAGUCAAUCAAUGGAAAUGUACGGAGGAAUAAAUUAUCAUCAGCAGCAGCAGCAAGCAAACAAUGAUGUUUUAAUGAAUAUAACAAAAGAAUCGCUUCGUUCGGCGACACCGUCACAAUUUGAUCAUCAGCAGCAACGUUUAAUGAUGAAUUCGAGUCCAGCAACACCGACAAGGAAUGUAAUGAUGAUGAAAUCAUCUCCACAUCCAUAUGUGAAUUUAAUGCAUCAACAAUAUAAUACAUCACCACAUCAGCAUCUACAGUACCAAAACAAUAGUAAUAAUACAAGCGCAAUAUCAUUUGGAAGUCCAAUUAUGUUUGAUAGCAGUAGUCAGAAUCAGUCAUGGAAUUCAUUAAACAAUAUAGCUCCACCAACUCCUGUCGCACAGCAUUUUACAGCCGCACAAAUAUAUAUGAGACCAAAAGUUCCAAAACAGUCGACAAAUGCUACGCCGCAAUUAUCACCGCAAUUUACACAGCAGCAUCAACAAGUCAGUCCAUCGCCCAAGGUUACGCACAAAAAAGCUCCACCAGAAGUUCCGAAAAGAAUGCCAAGUACCGUGUCAACAAAUUCGUUGAAGAAACAAAACGGAUUAUCAAGAUCAGUAAACAAUGGAAGCCUUCAGUCAGUGCAGUCGUCAGGAAGCGAGAGUAGUGCAUCUCUCGAGAAAAUGCAUUAUGAGAAUCUACAAGACAUUGGAACAUCCCCUUUAUGGCGACAUAAAGACGAUGAAGAUGAUCAAAAUUACAAUCAAGCACAAAGGAAGAAUAUGGCAUCAGAGAAUUUUAAAUAUUCUGAAGUGAUAAGAAAGCGAAAAUAUCGCAUUGGACUUAACUUAUUUAAUAAGAAGCCAGAAAAAGGAAUUGAAUAUUUAGUCAAGAAUGGAUUCUUAGAUAAUACGUCGACUGGUGUAGCAAAAUUUUUGAUCUCACGUAAAGGAUUAUCACGUCAAAUGAUUGGCGAAUAUUUGGGAAUGAUUCAAAAUUCAUUCAAUAUGUCAGUCCUCGAAUCGUUUUGUGAUGAGCUCGAUUUGUCAGGAACAGCUGUCGAUGUUGCACUUAGGAAAUUUCAAAGUUAUUUUCGAAUGCCAGGCGAAGCACAAAAGAUUGAAAGACUUGUUCAGGUGUUUAGUCAGCGUUAUGGAAAAUGCAAUCAAGAAGUUAUUGGAAAGCUUCGAUCAGCUGAGACGAUCUUCAUACUGGCUUUCGCAAUUAUCAUGUUAAAUACCGACUUACAUACACAAGCACUGAAACCUGAGAAACGGAUGCGAUGUGAAGAUUUCAUAAAAAAUUUACGUGGCGUUGACGAUUGUGCAGACAUUGAUCGAGAUAUUCUUGUGGGAAUUUAUGAGCGUGUGAAGGCAAAUGAAUUCAAACCAGCUUCCGAUCAUGUAACACAAGUGAUGAAGGUACAAGCGACAAUCAUUGGCAAAAAACCCAAUUUGGCAUUACCACAUCGCCGUUUAGUGUGUUAUUGUCGAUUAUAUGAAGUACCAGAUUGGAAUCGUAAAGAACGACCAGGAGUUCAUCAACGUGAAGUAUUUCUAUUUAAUGACAUUUUAGUUAUUACGAAAAUAUUCAAGAAAAUCUCGAAGACUUCCGUAACUUAUUCAUUCCGACAAUCAUUUGCACUGCCUGGCAUGGUCGUGUCUCUGUUAAAAUCCUCAAACUAUCCACAUUGCAUACAACUUCUGAAUCGUGUCGAUAAUAAAGUUCUUGUAACAUUUAAUGCACGAAACGAACACGAUAAAUGCAAAUUCGCUCAAGAUCUCGAAGAGAGUAUUGCUGAAAUGGAUGAAAUGGAACAGAUACGAAUCGAGUGUGAAUUGGAGAAGCAGAAGAACACGAGAAACUCGAGAAACAUGAAAUCAUCCUCGAACGAACAUCGAGAUAGUGGAUAUGCUGAAAUAAAGCAUAAGCACAAAUCGAAAUCAUCGCCGAUGGCUAAACACGCACAAAAUAAUAAUAAACAAUUAAGUAAUUCUUUACUGGACAUCAAUGAACAAUUUACAGGUGAUACUAAUAAUAAUAGUAAUAAUAAGUAUGACAAAAACAGACGUGCAUCAGUUUGCUCAUUAGAUAGUGGCACAUCGCUUUCAUUCCUAUCAUCAAAUGGAACGAGACAUAGUGAUAAUAAUAACAAUAGUAAUACAAAACAAAUAAUCCUCAUGCCAAAUUCGCCACUGGCAGCGCGAUCGACCGAAGUUUAAGGAGACGAUAUACGUACACUAAUCAUUUUAUGUGUAUUUUAAAAAAAUAGUUGAAAAAAGUGUUAAUUGGACGACAAUUUUAUUAAUAAUUUAUUUUCCUUAAUAAAAUUUAAAAAAAUGAGGAUCAAGUUAGAGAAAAAGGUAAUAUUAAUUGAUUAAUUAAUUUCCUUAAGAUAUAAAAGAUUUAACGAAAACUAAAGAAAAUUUUCAAAGAUAAUUCAUUCAAUUCUAGUCGGUUGACAAAAUUUGUUUAGGAUGGUUAGUCAUAAAAUGUUGGAAGAUACAGUAUUGUUAGGAACUCGUGAAUAGGAAUUAACAUUGAAAGACAUUACAUACAUACUUAAUAGUCUUAGGUAAUAUUGUGGUGUUGGAGCAAUUUAGAUGGAAUCUUUGGGUAUCUAGGCAACAGCUUGUAUGGUUGGAGGGUGGCUCUGUUACUUGACAGGACAUUAGUUCCACUCAAUCGAAUGCUAAGCUGUCGAUAUAACACAGAAGAUUCUCACUCAAAGCUCACAACAUCACAAGCAAUUGAAAAUGAAGAUUUGAAUUUAAAGUUAAAAAAAAAUGAUAUUUAAUAAGAAGUUCCAUAAGUUUUCCAAAUAAAUAAGAAAAAAAAUUCAACACAAUCAAAGAAAAACCUUAGAUACAAGAGAUGAUAAAGCAAUCAAUCAAUUAUUUUCCUCUUUCCAUAUCUAAAACAAAAAAUAUAUCUAUGUGGCCUAUAAUUAUGUAGUUACAAAAAAAAUGUGUAUUUUAAAGUCGUUUCAUAUUAUUCUGACUGUUAAUUCUCUUUGCAUAUAUAUUUUUAAAAACUGAGAAGAAAAGAAGAAAUAAAAAUAAUAAAAAGUUUAAUAGUC